UUUUUACGUUGUCUGCAGGGAGAAAGGAGGCGAGGGACACCUUGGUGCUGGGGAACUGACCUCUGUCCUGGUGGGCCUCUGGCUGGGGAGGGUCAAAGAGGAGCGGCUGGGCCUGGGGGACUCCAUGCGGGGGCCAUGGACAGAGCAGCGCUCCUGGGACUGUCCCGCCUGUGCGCGCUGUGGGCAGCCCUGCUCGCGCUGUUCCCCUGCGGAUCCCAAGGAAACUGGAUGUGGUUGGGCAUCGCCUCCUUUGGGGUUCCGGAGAAGCUGGGCUGCGCCAACUUGCCGCUGAACAGCCGCCAGAAGGAGCUGUGCAAGAGGAAACCGUACCUGCUGCCGAGCAUCUGCGAGGGCGCCCGGCUGGGCAUUCAGGAGUGCAGGAGCCAGUUCAGAUACGAGAGAUGGAACUGCCUGGUGGCCGCCGCCGCCCCGCCGGACGCCAGCCCUCUCUUUGGCUACGAGCUGAGCAGCGGCACCAAGGAAACAGCAUUUAUUUACGCUGUGAUGGCUGCAGGCCUGGUGCAUUCUGUGACCAGGUCAUGCAGUGCAGGCAACAUGACUGAGUGUUCCUGUGACACCACCUUGCAGAACGACGGCUCAGCAAGUGAAGGCUGGCACUGGGGGGGCUGCUCUGAUGAUGUCCAGUAUGGCAUGUGGUUCAGCAGAAAGUUCCUAGAUUUCCCCAUCAGAAAUACCACGGGAAAAGAAAGCAAAGUACUAUUAGCAAUGAACCUACAUAACAAUGAAGCUGGAAGGCAGGCUGUCGCCAAGUUGAUGUCAUUAGAGUGCCGGUGUCACGGAGUUUCCGGCUCCUGUGCUGUGAAAACAUGCUGGAAAACCAUGUCUUCUUUCGAAAAGAUUGGCCGUCUGUUGAAGGAUAAAUAUGAAAACAGUGUCCAAAUCUCAGACAAAAUAAAGAGGAAAAUGCACAGGCGAGAGAAAGAUCAGAGGAAAAUACCAAUCCACAAGGAUGAUCUGCUCUACGUUAAUAAGUCUCCUAAUUACUGUGUAGAGGAUAAGAAACUCGGGAUCCCAGGGACCCAAGGCAGAGAGUGCAACCGCACGUCAGAGGGCGCAGACGGCUGCAACCUCCUCUGCUGCGGCAGGGGCUACAACACUCACGUGGUCAGGCACGUGGAGCGAUGCGAGUGCAAGUUUAUCUGGUGCUGCUAUGUCCGCUGCAGGAGGUGUGAAAGCAUGACUGAUGUCCACACUUGCAAGUAACCACUCCAGCCAGCCUUGGGCAAGAGUCCCCAGUGACAGACGUACAACGGGAGUGGCUCCCACUGUGCUGGGCUGGGGAGCCUGACACCUGCCUCCUCAGAAUUCCCAGAUCCUCGAGGCUCUCUCAGAAGUCCCUUUACCUGAUCGAUGUCAAUGUCACACACUAGGCAUGUAGAUUUCUUGGGAUUCUAAAACUGAAAAAGUUUGAGUUCACAUGUUGGUGGUUUAGGGAACAGAUAUGAGGGGCAAGGAAGAUAAACUGUUUCGUAAGCAAGAAAGAACAGGAAAGAGCCUUCAUGCCGAGAGACCUGGUCCAUACUCAGGAUAAGAUCCUUGACUAUGGAACUCGGUUAUGGAACUCAGUAGUGGUGGGUGAAUAUUAGUCAUUUUUAAAAGACAUCUAUUAGAGCAGCAAGGAGCAGUAAACAUGAAUCUCAUUCUCUGAGUAUUUUUUAUGAAGAAAUCAUACUAAGUGUUGGUGCAUAGCAACAGAAGCUGUUGGGACAGGUGAACAGAAGUGGUGGGUGCCUACUUAACACUUCCAUUCAUUCAGAAAGAAUCUUCAUAAGUGAUAUAACACCCCUAAAACAUGUUUGUUAGUGAUAUUUUGUGACAAAACAAAAGAAGCAAGAUGUAAGAAGCAAAAUGUAAAAAGCAAAAUGUAUGAUUUGGAGUUUAAGUGACUUUUAACCAGGAGAAUUGAUCUACAAGAGUAUCAGUAAGGUAUAUAGCAACCUUUAUCUUUGGCUUCACACUUUCAUUAUAGACCAGCUUCCACUAUUAAAAACUCAGCUCUGAAAUACUGGAGGAAGGGAUCCUGAAAGCAUGUGGGAAAAUCAGAGGUAGAAAUAUAAAGGGCUCUCGUACAUUGUAAGGAAAAGCACCCUUUAAAUGUGUAAAGACAGUAUUUUGUACAGUAUUUUGUUAAAUUUUUUAAUAUUUUGUAAAUAAUGUUCUUAAGUUAUAUGAUAUAUAUAGAAACUUAAGAUAUUUUUUGCCAAAGCCCAAGAGCUAAGGCAAUAAAAUUAUCUCAGAAAUAAUAUUAGCUUCUGUUUCCUUUCAUACUAUUAACUUUGACAUUUUUUCAUACAUUGAAAAAGAAGUUCACUGAGCAGUUAUAUGGAUAUGCAUUUCCUGCCAAAAUGGCAGCUUUAUAUGUUGUAAAUUAAAAUAUGCAGCAAUAUAUUGACAAUUGUGCUAUUUCAGCAGUCAGAUUAGUUGAAUUCUGUUCUCAAUUAGUUAUGUUUAACUUGUAAGGCUAUUAUAAUAAAUUAUACAGUAAAAGUCUUAACUGGAAAAAAGAAUCUAAAUCAGAAUAAUGAUCAAUUUGUGGAUUUGAUAUCCUGGAUAUUUAAUAUGUUGUGUGAAAUGCUGCAUUUCCAUGUGAAUUUUGAGUGGUCUUUCUUGUUUUAGUAUUCAUGCAUGUAUAUUCAUGAUAUUUUACAAGGUUCCUGGUGAAAAUUACAGGGCUGUAUUUAAGGUGGUAUUUUAAUGUAAAUGCUAUGUUUUUUAUGAAUUGUUAAAUAUUUCAGUAUCAUAUAGAAAAAAUAGAUUUUCUAAGUUCAGAAUGGACAAAGAAAGAAUAUUCUUUUUCUCAAAAUAAGCUAAAGAAAUGUUUCCUUGCCCACCCUGGUCUCAUCCUAUUUCCUUUCAAUUUUAUUUAAAAAGCAAAGCAAUAAUUUGUGAAAAAGAGUAAACCAUGGAAAAUGACUCUGAUCUAAUAUUAAAAUCAAGGCUAAACAUUUAACUGUGACCCUUAAAGUUUAACAAAAUUACUAUUUACUGAAUGAGAGACUCCAAAAUGACAAAUGAACAAAUACAGUGCUUAUUUAAGAGCGGUUUACCAUUCUUCAGCAUCCACUGAUGAGAAUAACCUGAAAAAUAGACACUUAUUAUUAUGCCUUUUUUUUGCAAAGUAUAUCUAUUUUAUCUGCGUUGAAAAUAAGCACUCUUUCUUAAAACAUGAAGACUGCAGUUUCCAUUAAUAACCAUUUUUUUCUAUCAACUAGAAAACUUUUCAUAAUUAACUUACCAACCGAUUGUGAGAACCAGGGAGACUUUAAUUCACAAAUACAUGACUACUAUUCAACCACUGCUGAAAAACAGUGGUGCCAACUCAGCACCACCCCCUAACCCCCGCAUGCCUGAGCAAGAACUCCCAGCUCCCAAGCUGUGUCUUUGGUUUCUUCUUUUCCGUCUCCCUGGCAUCACCAUGGAAGCCAUCCAUGAAUGUCUCACCUGUGUUACUGGUUGACAGCCUAGCUUUGGCCCAUUUCCUUCCCAGUCCCCAUCGUAGUAUAGGUAGCAGCAUGGUGCUCCUGGAAAUACACGUUCUGGGGCCCAAACGCUUCUAUCCAGUUUAGGCUAUUAUGCCUUCAUGGUUUAGGGCUCCUUAUGGUGCAGGUAACAAAAAAAGCAACCCAGACUGACAAACAUUAAAGGAAAUGUACUGACUCAGUGGGUGAAAAGUCUAGAGUUGUGACCGAUUCAGGUGAAGUUUGAUCCAAAAGCUCACACCAUGUUCUCAGGACUCAGGUCUCCCCAUCUCCAGCCUAAAGAAGCUGGCUUCUGUGAUGUUGUCUUCGACUGUAGGCUCCACAGGGUUCUGUGCCAACACCCCCAAUACCCUAGUCUCAGCAGCUCUGGGCUCUCGGCUUCUCUCACCAACACGGCUGCCACACUUCCUUCCAGAUCUAACAUUCUCCUACUACUCAUUCUAAGGAAAGGGAGAGUUUCUUUUUUUUUUUUUUUGGUUGCUCACACAAGAGAGAGGGCAAAGUUAUUUCUCAGAAUGCCCAGCAAAAGUCAUCAUUGGCUCUGAUUGGUUAAUGUGCCUAUCCCUGAGCCAAUCACAAUGGCCAUUGGGGAUUGGGGUUGGAUGAUACACUGAUCAUUUUAAAGCAAUCAAGACCCAUGCUGGGAAAUGGCAGUGGGGUUCAUUCCAACUAAACCCACAUAGUUUGAGAAUAGGAAAGGGAUGAGUCCACAGAGAAAAACCAGGAGGUUAUGUUACCAUAAAGGGUCCUCUAUGCUGGACAGUCCCCAGCUCUAGUGAUGUGUUUAGGAAACAGCUUUCUGGUAUCACAUGGAUCGGGCUCACUGCCAGACAAUCACGGUGGGUAAAAAGUGCCUUGAUUUGUUCAAAUGCCCUUUAUGAUGAUAAGAGGGGAGGGGAGUUACACUCCAGUGUAUUAAUUUUCAAUUUAGGAGUUCAACAUUUUGUACACUUGGAACUGCUUAAUAGAGGCAAUGGUUAGAGGCAAUGAUGAUUAUCUUGAAAUGUGAUCCAGAAAAACGUAUCAAACAGCAUUAUCUGUAAUCUCUGG